CUCCCCUCCCCUCCCCUCCCCAUCUCUCUCUCUCUCUCUCUCUCUCUUCCCUCAGCCAUGGCUACUCUAACUCAGGGCAUUCUUCUGAAGCUUCUCCAGUCCAUGAACUCCACCAACCGAGUAACCGGAGACCACCGCUCCGCUCUUCUCCAAGUCAUCGGAAUCGUCCCUGCUCUCGCUGGCUCCGAUCUCUCCCCCAACCAAGGCUUCUUUGUCCAGCUUUCGGACUCCCUCAACUCCACCUACGUCUCCCUCUCCGACCGCGACGUCGAUCUUAUCCUCAACAACCGAAUGCAGCUAGGCCAGUUCGUCUAUGUCGAACGAUUCGAGUUCGACUCUCCGGUUCCCCGAGUCUGUGGGAUACGCCCUAUCGCCGGCCGCCAUAAGUUUGUCGGAACUCCUGAGACCCUAAUCGCUAGAAUCUCGGCCUCCAAGCGAGAUUUUGUGAUUCAGCCGGUCUCCGAUUCUGACCAAUCGGUUGACCCAAUUUCUCUGUUCCUGUCAGGAAAGAAGCCCGAGGAAACCCGGAGCGAGAGUAAAGAAUUUAAGAUUGAGGCGAAACCCGAAAAGGCUAGAUCGAGGCAGCCUCUUGCGCCUCGAGACAAUAUACCAGUUGGAAAUUUGGAGGAUUCUAAGGUUUGUGAAAGGCCAUCCAGGUUUUUGUCUCCGGCCGCGGCUAAGAGAUCGGUAUCGGUUGGGAAGAAGAGUACUCCUAUUGUUGAGAGAGAUCCAUCUCCAGCCGGAAAAAUGAAGCGGUCAUCGUCUCCAGCUCCGUCGAAAUGCGUGGUUCCUAGCUUGAUGAUGGCACGCGAGGAGAAUAGGAAGGUUUCCAAGGAGCCGGCUAUCAUAGUACCAUCAAGAUAUAGACAGCCGUCACCUAAUGGGCGCCGGCCAGCCUCGCCAGCGGCACGAAGGGCUUCGCUUUCGCCAGGCAGAAGGUUGUCUGGUGUGAAGGUCUCGCCCAUGGUGGCAGGUGCUGCAGAUUCUUCUGGGAAGAAAAGAAUGGCAACUAUUGCUGCCGGGAUUUCGAAGGUUUCGGAAGCCAUAGUUGGAUCGGCUAAGACUAGUAGGAAAAGCUGGGAUGAGCCACCAGCGGUGGUAACUCCGGUGGAGCCAAAAGAGAAGGGCGUUUCAAAAAACAAACCGGAUCUUCAAGCAAUUUGGCGGACUCAGGCUGCCAUGUCAAGACGUUUAAGCGAUGCGAGUAGCCGUAAAUCAUGUAGUGAUGAUUCGGCAACCCAUGAGAAAACAAAAUCUAGCUCACCUGAAGAGUGUCUCGUCCAGGAUAUGACAAACAAUGCGGCUUUGCCUAUUACCGUUCAUGAACGAAAAUGGACCGAUGGUAGCGUUGCUUUGGAUACCGUCUCCGCGGACCUAGCAAAGCUUGGCAAGGAGGCCAUGCAAAGAAAAGUUCUGGCUUCCACUGCUGCGGCUGAAGCACUAGAAGAAGCAAUUGCUACUGAGUCUAUUAUUAGGAGCUUAAGUAUGUUUUCAGAACUCUCUUCCACAUCCAAGGUUGGGAACCCUCUACCCACCAUUGACCGGUUCUUUUCAAUCUACGACAACAUAGUGAGAUCAACAACAAUAGCUGAAUCAAUUGCCAGCAGCCGCAUUAACUCCGAAAUAUUCCAUGAUAAAGGUACCCCCACCGAGCAAUCAAACUCUGUUUCUCUCUGGGUAGAAGCCGCCUUGGCCACUGAUCUUGAAAUUGUCUCCCUUUUGACUUCCCAAGACAACGUAACUCCAUCUAAACUGCAUAAAAGCCUGUCAAAAAGACAAUCUUUCACCACACCCUCCCCAAAGAAUAAUCCCAAACUCCCGUUAAUGGUUACUAAACCGAACAAUGCUGAAGUUGUUGGGACGUGGACAAGGGGUCAUGGAAUGCAGGAGACUGUUGAGCUUGGAAAUAAGCUGAAAUCGGAGAUGAAAAUGUGGUUUCUGCGUUUCGUUGAGGAGGCCGUCGAUGCUGGUUUCCGGGUUUUCGGAGAGAGUAGUUCUGAUGGAAGAAGAUUGUCCCUCGACUGUGGUUCCAUUGCUACGGUUUUGUCACAGUUGAAAAGUGUGAAUGAGUGGUUAGACCGUGUCGUUUCGAGAAGUGAUGAAGUGAUCACUGGAAAAGUUGAUCGUUUGAAGAGAAAGAUUUAUGGCUUUGUUAUUCAACACGUUGGAACCACGUUUGAUAAUAACUCCACGCAACUCACCUCUUGAUUUUCUCUUUCUCAUUCUUGUAAAAUCUGAAUUCAAUUGCAAUUUGCUUUCUUGCAAAUUGAAAUUAUGGAAAUCUAUCUAUUUAUUUAUUAACUUAA